AGGGGAGGAGAGGGACCCGAUGGCAAGGAUCGCCUCCGACUCUCUCUCUCUCUCUCUCUCUCUCUCUCUCUCUUGCAGUGUCUGGUCCUCGCUCCGACUCGUGAGCUUGCGCAGCAGGUCCAGCAAGUGGCGUACGAGUACGGGAAGACGUCCCGCAUCAAGAGCACCUGCAUCUACGGGGGGGCCCCCAGGGGCCCGCAGAUCAGGGACCUGGAGAGAGGUGUAGAGGUCUGCAUUGCUACCCCCGGCCGGCUCAUUGAUUUCCUGGAGGCUGGGAAGACGACCAUGAACCGCUGCACCUACCUGGUUCUGGACGAGGCUGACAGGAUGCUGGACAUGGGCUUCGAGCCCCAGAUCCGCAAGAUCAUCGAGCAGAUCAGGCCGGAUCGCCAGACCCUCAUGUGGAGCGCCACCUGGCCAAAGGAGGUGAGGCAGCUGGCAGAGGAUUUCCUGCGGGACCCGGUGCAGAUCAACGUGGGGGCGCUGGAGCUGAGCGCCAACCACAACAUCCUGCAGAUAGUGGACGUGUGCCAGGAGAGCGACAAGGACAGCAAGCUGCUCCAGCUGAUGGAGGAGAUCAUGGCCGAGAAGGAGAACAAGACCAUCAUCUUUGUGGAGACGAAGAAGCGCUGUGAUGAACUGACCCGCAGGAUGAGGAGAGACGGGUGGCCUGCCAUGUGUAUCCAUGGAGACAAGAGCCAGCCUGAGAGGGACUGGGUGCUAACAGAAUUUCGCAACGGGAAGGCUCCGAUCCUCAUCGCGACAGACGUGGCGUCCCGCGGAUUAGACGUGGAGGACGUGAAGUUCGUGAUUAACUACGACUACCCCAACUCCUCCGAGGACUACGUGCAUCGCAUCGGUCGUACGGCGCGAAGCACCAAGAAGGGCACGGCCUAUACCUUCUUCACCCCCGGGAACCUGCGCCAGGCCCGGGACCUGGUCAGAGUGCUGCAGGAGGCCAGGCAGGCCGUCAACCCCAAGCUGCUUCAGCUCGCCGAUUCGGGGAGAGGGGGCGGGGGUGGUGGUGGUCGCCUGCGGUACCGCGGGGGCGGCUCUGACGCCAACAACCCCAACCUGAUGUACAUGGAUCAGUGCGAGCGGCGCAUGAGAGGGGGGGGCUCUUCUAGCCGGGGGGGCAGCGGGAGCGAGCGCAGCAACAGCAACAGCAACAAGCACUCCUCUUCCUCCUCCUCCACCACCACCACCUCCUCCUCACACAGAGAGCAGAGCUACAACCACGGGGCCCCCCAGGAGCAGCCUCAGUACGCCAGGGCCCCCGGGGCCCCGCCCCUCCCUCUCAUGGCUCAGCAGUUCAUCCCCCCUCAGCCCCCUCCCAUCAUGAGCUUCAUGUUCCCUCCCCAGCCCGCCCCUAGGAAAUAGACUCCAGAGGUCAAACUAUAAAGAGAAGUUGUUUUUUUUUUUUGAUCAGCGUUUUCUUUCUAUUCUGGAACAGGGCAGGGAAUCUGGUGUCUUCUGAUAAAUGUAGGCGUUGCAGGACAGAAUUGGAUUGCUUGCAAUAGUUGGCUUUUAAUUACAGCACAGAAACAUACUUUGAAGACUUUCUCACCCAUGCAGAAUACAGCUGGGGGCAAAAGUUUAGCAUCACCUAGAAUUUUAGGUUUGAGACUUAAAGAAACCACAAAAUUAUAUCUAAAAAAAAAGAAGUCUGCUGGAAACCAUAAUAGGAGUACAGUAGUGUUUCAUGUUAGAUUUCAAAAUGUCGCGUUUUGAAGUUUUGUCAGUUCUUUCUAUGGGAAAACUACAAAGCGCUGGGUGUGUAAUUCAGUGUGUUAACAUUCAGAUGGUUUCGUUCCACUUUAUGAAGGAGAAUCUACAGGGUGAUGCAAAACUUUUGUCCAGUGAACACGCUGACUGAAAAGAUAAUGCGACUCCAUCCGUAUAGCUUUACCUUGAAGUUUGAUUUGGGUGUCAGAUUGAGAAUUACAACUGAUCUAGAGUGAUAUAAAGUAUACAGUAUAAUGAUUUUGUAAGAAGGGGUGAUAGUGUGGUUACUAGCUGAAGCUAGGUAUUUUAUUAAGCGGGCAAAGACUUCUAUAGGGUGCGAAAGCAUGUGUUGUACUGUGUCACAGUACACGCAUCUAUACAGCUCUUCAACUAAAAGAAUAGGGGGGGCAGAUUUAGUUUUUUUUUUGUCAAACUAACUAAAGGUAAGUUUGGCAGCCAACAAAAUGACCCACAACAGAUUUAAAGAAUGUGGCAAGCUGUGUUGUAAUACAGAUCAUUCUGCCAAAAAGUUAGACGAUCAAAUUAUUUGAGGUUCAGUUCGGUGGGGACCAUCUCAUUGAUUCAGUUUUGUGUUUUCAGGAGUUUUUCUGUCAGGCGUCCGUGUUUUGUCGUGUGUUUUAUAAAGCGAAGGUAGGAGUCUCGACGAACACGGACACGCAGCGCGUAUAGCUCUAAUCAAAACCUUUCUUUAUUGAAAAGCUGUUGGUAGUUUUUGUAAAGGUAGGUGCUUGUUAAUGCUUCCCUCCAGGUAAAUGCGAGGGACACAGUUGUGUUCCUGUGGGGUUGCUUAUUUGUAUGAUAACUGAUUAUAUUUUUCUUGUUUUGUGUAUGAAUAAGUGUAAGAGUUUGCAGCAGUAGAGAGAGAGAGAGAGGUGGAUAGUUGAGUAUCUGUGUAGCUCCAGCAAGUGGUUUUCAUCCUGUUUUUGAUUCGGAGAUCGCAAGGUUGUCUUUCCCCGUGUGAAAGCCUGCGGUUUAACGUCACUCCGUUAGAAUCAUUAAAAAGAGGAUGUUUGCAAUUUGAAUUGUGUAUUUUAAUCAUUGAAAGAAAACGUCAUCCUUGCAUUUGAAAUCUGAGGACACAGUGCCACGCAGUCUAUUCGACAGGUUGAUGAAAUGAUUUGCUUUAGAAUCUGUCUGGAAGGUGUUAAACAAAUUUGAGAUCCUGUGAAGAACUAGACUGAGAAUCCACCAAGUUGAAAUUUAUUUUUGAAUCCUUGGAUGUUGGACGAUUUGGUCUUGUUUUAAAAAAGACUAAAGCUGGGGAUGCGAUAGAUUCAUUUGCAGCGUGACUGUUAGACCUCUUCCUAUCAGUCUCUGGAACAAAUGUGGUUUUUUUUCUAAACGUCUUUUAUAAAUAUGUAUUUUUUGUAUUUGCUUGACAUGCCUGCCUGCGUUCCUGUGCAGAGUUGUCUCUCUGUACCUCUCAAAUUUCCUAACGAAACAAGUGUGUUGUGUUAUUUUCAGAAAUCUGUUGAGCACAGGAUAGACAGGAAUGUGUUGUGGGGAGAGAAGCGUUCCUGGGCCGGGGUGGCUAGUCGGAUGUGUCUGGGGGUAAACUCGUGUGUGCUUUACACAUCUGGUAAAUGUGAAUGUUUUGUCUUUCACGAGCAGCGUCUGUGUUUGAACACGCAGAUAUUUGCCGCUGUUUCUGUGAAAUAACCCUUUUUGACUUUCUUCCCUGCUGUUCAGAUGUCAUGGGUAGGGUGAAAUGUAUCAGAAAAAUUGUCUGUUUUUGAUAUUAGCUGUUCUUUUUUCAGGUUUAAUUACAAAAUAAAGGUGUGGGCAGAUUUGUUCAGA